AUGGCGGCGGCAGCAUCAAAGCCAGUCAUGGUAAUUGGAGUCGACGACAGCGAAUGUGCAAUCGCCACCCUGGAAUGGACGCUGGACCAAUUCUUCUCUCAAACGAUACGAAUACAUCCGUUCAAGCUCGUCGUCGUUCACGUCAAACCGUCUCCGGACGUCUUCGUCGGCUUCUCUGGAUCGGGAAGUAAGAUCGAUCUUCUUCCUCAGUCCUCUCUGCUAAGAAUUGCAGGAUCGGUUGAAACUUACCAAGCUUUCGACGGUGAUUUGAAGAGGAAAGCUGCGAGAACUAUCAAAAUUGCGAGAGAAAUUUGCAGUUCGAAAUCGGUUUGUGAUGUUGAAUUUGAGGUUGAAGAAGGAGAUGCAAGGUAUGUACUGUGCGAGGCGGCGAUUAAGCACCGGGCUUCAGUGCUCGUGGUAGGAAGCCGUGGCCAUGGAGGUAUGAAAAGGGCAUUCUUAGGGAGUGUGAGUGAUUAUUGUGUCCAUCAAGCUCCUUGCACUGUCAUGAUUGUGAAGAUCAACCACUCUACAAAGACAAAGGUCCUAAAAUAGAUUAAAUUUCAUCCGUCCUUCAAACUUAUAUGUAUAUCGUUUUUGUAAAUUAUGUUUCUACCUUCUACUUGAGUGAAUUAUAUCAAAGAAAAAAUGGAUUUGGUUGGCUAUGGACAUCUAAAUAAGUUAUACAAGCUGUAUAUUUGAUAGUUCCAGUGGUAUGAAAAUUGUUAGUAUGUAAUACAACUACCUCCUUUGACA